GAAGGAAGGCCAAAAGUGAAAGUAAAACUGCCUUCUAAAAAACGCUUCGCAUCAUAACAGUCUAGUUGACUUUACUACAGCGAAACUGAAGAAAGAAGAAUAAAUAGUCCUGCAUCGUUUUGAAAGCAAGUUAUGACAAGAAAGGCAAAUAAUUGCUGUUUUGUCAGGAAAAUUCAUGUUCAAAGCAGAUAGACUGAUCAUUCGAAUACAAGCGGUUUCAUACAAACACAAUGGGCCAAAAUCAUGUUCGCUUUAUACAGAAUUUGGGUUCAGGAAGUUACGGAGAAGUCUAUAAAGCAAAAUGGGACGGUAAAAUAGUCGCUGCGAAGCGAAUUCAUCCGCUGCUUGUUCGUUUUGACCCAGGAGGAGAAAAUGGCGUGGUGGCAAGAUUUGUGAAUGAGUGUGAGCUUCUUCGACGUUUGGACCAUCCAAAUAUUCUCAAAGUGCUUCAUAUUAUCCAUGAACCAAAAAAACCUCCAAUAUUGAUAACUGAGCUACUGGACUGCGAUCUUGGAAAGCAUUUUAGUGAGAAUGAGGCAGUUAUACCUCUUGAAGAACUGGUUACUAUUAUGCUUGAUGUUGCCAAAGGGUUGGAGUACUUACACCUACAAGACGUGCCAAUAAUUCACAGAGAUCUUUGCCCCAAAAAUAUCCUGCUAGAUAAAAGUAAUCCAGCUUUAUUACGCGCUAAGAUAUGUGACAUAGGGUUGGCUAAGAUUACGAACGACAUUAGUAGAGAGUUUUCGCCUGUUCCAGGAACGCAAGCAUACAUGGCACCCGAGACAUAUGGUGGGCUUAACUCUCUGUAUUCGAUCCAAACUGUUAGAUAUGGCACCGAAAUAGAUGUGUUCUCUUUUGGUAUGACUCUUCUUGAAGGAAUCAUUGGAAAACCACCUUUUCCUAAGGAAAAUCCCCUCGCUAAAGACGAAG